UGUUUGUAAUAAAACCCUUUAUUAACUCAGAUUUCGUGAGAGGGCUUGUGUAUGUUUCUCCCCUCCUGUCGCCUAGCAGAGGGGGUUGUAACAUAAGUGGGGGCUCGUCCGGGAUUUCUCCUUUUCCCCAUAAGGAGAAUUCCCAUUUGAAAGAGAGAAAGUGUGUUUUGCUCCAUUUUGUUUUUUGUCUCUUCUGCCCUCUUCCCUGUUUUGAGCGUCAUGUCGGCUCCAUUUUGUUUAGAGGAUUUUUUAAAAGCUCCAUCUGUUGUGCUCCUUGAGAGCUACCGCAAAUGCGAAUUGCUGCAAAUUGCAGAACACCUUAAGCUACAGGUCUCUAAAACACUCCGUAAGAGUGACCUGAAAGCGCGGGUAGUGGACAAGUUGGUGGAGGCUGGUCUAAUGCAUGCCCCUGAUCUGCCUGAAGUGCCUGUGGUCUCUGGUGAGCCUAGUCAAACUUCCUCAGUUGAGGGGGACCAUAAAGAUGGUAUGGGUCAUGACAGUGUGGGAGAUGAGCGGGGGAAGACGCCGCGCACGCUCCCUCGCUAUGAUCCUCUUUCCCCUGGAAGCUCAGAAGCACGGGAUGGGGCCCGGCUAAAGGUGCGACUGGCACGGCUCCAGUUGGAGGCCGAGGAGAAGGCUCAAGUCAGGCGAGCUCAAUUAGAGCUUGAGAUCAGAAAGCUGGAAAUAGAGGCAGAUAAAACAGUGAGGCUGCGUAAGCUGGAGCUGGAGUCUCAGCCACGAGCCUCAUCUGUCUCCGCUGAUGGUCCAGGUUCUGCCCCCGUGUCUACUACUCCUUAUGACAUUAGUAAGUGCAUUUCUUUAGUGCCUGCUUUUAAAGAGGCUGAGGUGGAUUCUUAUUUUGCAGCAUUUGAGCGCAUUGCUGGUGCUUUGCAGUGGCCUAGUGAGAUCUGGCCCCUUUUAUUACAGUGUAAACUGACUGGAAAAGCCCAAGAGGUGGUAGCUGCGCUUCCCUUAAAAGACAGUUUGGAGUAUUCUUGUGUUAAAUCAGCUGUGUUGCAAGCAUAUGAAUUGGUUCCUGAAGCAUACAGGCAGAAAUUCCGGCUACAGAAGAAACUUCCCUCCCAAACGUAUGUGGAGUUUGCCAGGGAAAAAGGUAUCCUCUUUGACAAGUGGUGCUCUGCGUCAAAAGCCAGUGAUUAUGAUUCAUUGCGUGAAUUGAUGUUGCUGGAAGAUUUUAAAAAGUGUCUUCCAGAGAGUAUAGUGUUAUACCUGAAUGAGCAGAAAGUAACCACUCUAGCAACUGCAGGAGUUCUCGCAGAUGAGUAUGUGCUCACCCAUAAAUCCUCUUUUCUGGUUAAAGAGAAGUCCCAGUUUAGUGCCGGGCAGCAGGCUCGCACUGUUAAACCCUUAGGCUCUAAAGAGAGUCGAGAGUGUUUUUACUGUCAUAAACCGGGACAUGUCAUUGCGGACUGUUUGGCCCUGAAACGCAAAACAGUGAAUUCUCAGCAACCCAAAGGUGUUGCCUUUGUGAAAGCAGCGUCCCAUCCUGAGGUGCUUGAUCGUGGUGGUAAGGUGCCAGACCCUUGUUUUGACCCAUUUAUCUUUGAUGGUUUUGUGUCACUAACUGAUAAAUCCGCUGAUCUAAAAUCUGUGCGCAUAUUGCGAGACACUGGAGGGUCUCAGACCUUAAUCCUUUCUAGUGCUUUACCUUUCUCGGCAGACAGUGCAUGCGGAUUUAAUGUUGUGCUGCGUGGAAUAGAGAUGGGUUAUGCUCCCAGACCCGUUCACCAGGUCUAUAUCAAAUCAGAGCUCGUUACGGGAUUUUUCCCUGUCGCAGUAUGUCCGACCUUACCCAUAGAGGGGGUGGCCAUGUUGCUAGGAAAUGAUAUUGCGGGCGGAUUAGUGCGUCCUAGUCUGGAGGUGCUGGAUAAGCCCCUCAGUUCUGAUGCCCUAGAUAUUUCUGUGACCCCAAAGCUGUACCCAGCCUGUGUGGUUACUCGUGCCCAAGCUCGUAAAGAUGGCGACGUUACCCUCGCUGAUUCUGUGUUGAUGACCUCAUUUUCUGAGGAGGGUGCCGCGUUACCUGACGAAAACAAUGUUUUGUCUUCCCCAGACUUGGAAAACCCUGAGGAGCCUGGUCCAUCUGUAAAAGAAAUACCACUGUCUUUAACCAGAGAAAAUCUGUCGGCGGCCCAGUUGGUUGAUGAAUCGUUGCAGCGAUGUUUUAAGCAUGUGAUGUAGGAUCACUAACAGGAGCGUGGGAAGACUCCAGAAUCCACUCUGGCUGGAAUCCGGUGGAUACAGCAGUGUUUACAGAACAGUUCUCCACAGUCACUGUCCACAUGGGUCAGUGGGACCAAGCAGCACUCUGCUAAUGUGUGGACUCUGACCAGCAACAUCCAGCAAGACCAAGGCAGCGUUUUCUAUCUCCCAGCUGGAGUUUUUUGUUUGUCUGUGACUGGAGAGUCAGAUUUUUGUUGAGGCUGGAGGAACAGCCUCACACUUGCAGAGGUUAAUACACGCUACUGAUCCCUGAUGGGAGAAUCAUCACCUCUGCCAGCAAAGAAGCCUGCUGGAUGUUUGUUUACAGUCUGAUGAUGGGACACCAUGCUCUGCAUCUUCAAUGUUUGUCUCUUGCUUAUUAUUCAUACACAGUAAUGUGAAGUAUGCUUAUAUCUAGUAUAACUGGACCAACCUGGUGCUCUUCAUUUAUGGAGGCUGUUGAGUCUGAAUGUUGGAUGUUGUGUAUCUCGUGUUCUCUGGGCUUUGUUGUCCUCAGUCUUUUUGCAGGAUCAGAAAACAAAACCAGGAGACCUGUAAAUGUUUCUUCUCCAAUUGGAUGAUGAUAAGACUGUGACACGGGAUGCCACCUUUAGUCUUGUGAUGAAGCAAAGCUCAGGAAGAAGUGUGAUUAAAUGGUACCCACAUGUGUGCUGCUGAGAAGGAUGUACAGGGGCACCUGCAGCCAAAUCCAAGCCUCCUCAG